GCUGCCCCGGCCCGGCGGCGGCGGCGAUGGAGCCCGGCGCGGCCGCCCCCCCCCCGCGGCCCGGGGCCGGCCUGAGCCGCGAUGCGAUGGAGAAGCUGGCGGCGGGGCUGGCCCGGCUCCGCUGGAGCCCCGCGGCGCUGCCCCUCGAUGCGAUCGUCAGCCAGUGCCGGCUGCCCACCCUCGUCUGCCUGGGGCAGGGCGAGCGCGUGGAGGGGGUGAGCGCCCAGGACGUGCUGCUGGUCCACUCCUGCCGGCAGUGGACGACGGUGACGGCUCACAGCCUGGAGGAGGGACACUACGUCAUCGGCCCCAAAAUCGACAUCCCGCUCCAGUACCCAGGGAAGUUCAAGCUGCUGGACCAGGACCGGGACAUCCGUGAGCCCGUGCAGUACUUCAACAGUGUGGAGGAGGUGGCCAGCAUCUUCCCAGACCGCGUCUUCGUCAUGGAGGCCAUCACCUUCAGUGUGAAGGUGGUGUCGGGGGAGUUCAGCGAGGACAGCGAGGUGUACAACUUCACGCUGCAUGCGGGGGACGAGCUGACGCUGAUGGGCCAAGCGGAGAUCCUCUGCGCCAAGACGGUGAAGGAGAAGUCGCGCUUCAACACCAUCCUGCGGAAGCUGGGCAAAGCGGCGCCGGCGGCCGGGGCCAGGCAGGUGAAGGGCAAGAUGCCCUGCCUGAUCUGCAUGAACCACCGCACCAACGAGAGCCUCAGCCUGCCCUUCCAGUGCAAGGGCCGCUUCAGCACCCGCAGCCCCCUCGAGCUGCGGCUGCAGGAGGGCGAGCACACCAUCCGCAGCAUCAUCGAGAAGGUGCGGCUGCCGGUCAACGUGGCCGUGCCCAGCCGACCGGCGCGCAACCCCUACGACCUGCACGCCAUCCGCGAGGGCCACUGCUACAAGCUGGUCAGCAUCAUCUCCAAGACGGUGGUGUUGUGCUGCAUCCUCCGCCGGGACGAGCUGGUCCCCUUCCACUUUCUCCUGCUGACCGACAUGCCCCGCUUCCAGCUGCCCGAGGGGCUGCUCGCCGGGGACCCCCAGUUGGAGAAGCUGCUGCGGGACAGCGCCGCGUACUGCCACGACCGCUUCAACCCCGACGAGUACUCGCGGGCCGUGCGGGAGGCCAAACCUGACUUUUCGGAGGAGUGCGCCAGCCCCCGGCGCCUGCGGCUCUGCCUGCCCGCCUGCGCCCGCGAGGAGCUCAGCCAGCCCCUCCAGCGCCUUUCCCUCUGCGCCUGCGGCACAGGGGUCCCCCGGGACCCCGCCGCCUGCUGCCAGGGACCGCGGGGCGUCGCGGGGGGCGCGACGCGUCCGCCGCUGCCUGACUUCCCCGACCCCGACCGGGAAUACAUGACGCCCGACUGGGCCGAGCCCGAGUUCAGGACUCAGGAGCUGUUGGAGAUCCCCUACGAGGAGCUCUGGAGCAACCCCAGCCCGGAGGGCUGCUGCGAGCCGGGCAGCGGCCGGCAGGACCUCGUCUCCUUUGGGGCCGUCACCCCGCUGGGCUCCCCGCAUCGCCCCGGCGUGCCCGGGGACGAGCCCCGCGGGGACACCCCACCUCCCGUGCCACCCAAGUCGGAGGCGGUGAAGGAGGAGUGCCGGCUGCUGAAUGCACCUCCCGUGCCGCCCCGGGGCAGCCGCCCCCCCGUGUCCUGCAGCCCCCCAGCACCCCUGCGCUGCCCGAAGCUGGCACCCGCUCCCUCGCCCAGCCCCAGCCUCUCCUACUACUCCUCGGGGCUCCACGAUGGGUCGGUCCCACGGAGCGGCAGCGGCUCGCCCUCGCCCGACGCCUACUCCCUGUACUGCUACCCCUGCACCUGGGGUGACUGCAAAGCCGGGGAGGCCCCCGGGCGCCCGCUGCCCCCCGCCACGUUGCCCCCCGCCGCCCAGCCCACCCCAACCUCUUGGUCGGACCCCUGGGCGUACGCCGAGGCGGGCGCCGGGGCCGGCAGCGGCUGCUCGACCCCGCUGUCGGGGGCCGAGCCCCCUCUGAAGCCCUACCGCAGCUGCCCCCGCCUCAAGCCCCCGCACCCCCAAAAACGUUUCGCCCCUUUCGGGGCGCUCAACCCCUUCGCUGGCCCGACCGAAUGGCCGGAGAGCCCGGAAUGGCCCAAGCCGCCUUCGGCCCCGGCCGCCCCCUCCUCCUCCUCUUCGCCAGAGCCCUUCACCCCCGUGGAGGAGCCGGCGCCCCCCCCUCGCCCACCCAAGGGGUUCGAGGGGGACAGCAUCGUCAUCCGCGGGGCGGCCCCGCUCUCGCCCGCCGUCCUGCGCGGGGCCGAGGGCGGCGUCACCCGCCUCUACCUGGCGCAGGGCGUCAUCGAGGUGCCGCCGGCGGCGAGGGGCGACGGGGGGGCUCCGCCGGCCGCCCCCCGUCCCAGCGGGGACGGCUCGCCCUGGCUGCCCCCCGCCGACCUCUCGGCCCUCUCGCUGGAGGAGGUCUCCAAGUGCCUGCGCUUCAUCGGCCUCUCCGAGGACGUGGUCAGCUUCUUCGCCCGCGAGCGCAUCGACGGCAGCAUCUUCGUGCAGCUCAGCGAGGAGAUCCUGGCCGACGACUUUCGCCUCACCAAGCUCCAGGUGAAGAAGAUCAUGCAGUUCAUCAAGGGCUGGCGCCCCAAGAUCUAGCCGCACGCUGGGGACCCCCUGGACCCUUGGGGUCCCCCAGACACCUGGACCACAGCUCCGGCUCUCCCCGCUCCUGUCCCCUGCCCCGCUCCGGGGGUGCCCUGAUGUGGGGGUGCCCAACGGCUGUGGGUUUUCCUCCUCCCCAGCAGCUCAGCCCUACUGCCCGGCCC